GAGGGCCGGGGACCCAAUGGCCUGGGGGCCUGUGACAACCCUGAGAAGUUCCAAUACGUGGAGAAGAGCCUCUCCUGUGCACCCAGGUGCUCCCCCGGGGUGGACGUCUACUGGUCCCGGGAGGACAAGGACUUUGCCUUCAUCUGGAUGGCUGUCUGGUCCACCCUCUGCUUCGUCUCCACUGCCUUCACUGUCCUCACCUUCCUGCUUGACCCCCACCGCUUCCAGUACCCCGAGAGGCCCAUCAUCUUCCUCUCCAUGUGCUACAACGUCUACUCCGUGGCCUUCAUCAUCCGCUCGGUGGCAGGGGCUGAGAACAUUGCCUGUGACCGGGAGAACGGCGAGCUCUACAUCAUCCAGGAGGGGCUGGAGAGCACAGGGUGCACCAUCGUCUUUCUCAUCCUCUACUACUUCGGCAUGGCCAGCUCGCUCUGGUGGGUCGUCCUCACCCUGACCUGGUUCCUGGCCGCUGGGAAGAAGUGGGGACAUGAGGCCAUCGAGGCCCACAGCAGCUACUUCCACAUGGCCGCCUGGGGCAUCCCGGCCAUGAAGACCAUCGUCAUCCUCACCAUGCGGAAGGUGGCAGGGGAUGAGCUCACAGGGCUGUGCUAUGUGGGGAGCAUGGAUGUCAGUGCCCUGACCGGCUUCGUCCUCAUCCCCCUCUCCUGCUACCUGGUCAUCGGCACAUCCUUCAUCCUCACGGGCUUCGUCGCCCUCUUCCACAUCCGGAAGAUCAUGAAGACAGGCGGCACCAACACAGAGAAGCUGGAGAAGCUGAUGGUGAAGAUCGGAGUCUUCUCUAUCCUCUAUACCGUCCCAGCCACCUGCGUCAUUGUCUGCUACUUCUAUGAGCGGCUGAACAUGGAUUACUGGAACCUCAGGGCCCUGGAGCGCGGCUGCCUGCACCUCCCUGGCCGGCGUGCUGCCAAUUGCUCCUUGGAGGCCUCAGUGCCCACCGUGGCUGUCUUUAUGCUAAAGAUUUUCAUGUCGCUGGUGGUGGGCAUCACCAGUGGGGUGUGGGUGUGGAGCUCCAAGACGUUGCAGACCUGGCAGAGUCUGUGCAACAGAAAGCUGGGCGUGAGGACGAGAGGCAAGCCCUGCAGUGGGGUGAGCUGCAGCGGGGUGCACUGCCACUACAAAGCCCCCACAGUCAUGCUACACAUGACCAAGACGGACCCAUAUCUGGACAACCCGACGCAUGUCUAG